AUGCUCUGGCUUCGAUUUGGCCUCGGGAGGCAUCUUGCGUGGGUUAUGCAGGACGACCCGAAGAACAUUGAAAACUUCUUCAAGGCCAUCAUCACCAAUGAGAUCAUGUACACGACGGCUUUGGCUUGUGCGAGAUUAUCACUUGUAGCGUUUUUCUACCAUAUUUUUGGUGUCUCGAGUAUGCGAUAUUUCCUUCAUGGAUUUGUCUUCUUCAUAAUUGCAUGGGCCAUCUCAACGUAUGUUCCUUCAAUCCGGACGUGUUGGCCUAUUUCCAGCUUCUGGGAUGGCACGAACCAGAAUUGCAUCGACCUCUCCAAAUUCUAUGUCGGAGUCGCGAUUGGUGGGAUUAUCACUGACAUUGGUCUGAUGGUCGUUCCGUUGCCCUAUAUCUGGGCUUCGAAGGUGCCCUUGUACCACAAGAUCUUGAUCGCGAUCAUGCUCGUCUUUGAUCCGACUUGGGGAACUGUUGAUUGGAUGAUUUGGACCGGGAUGGGAGUCUACGGGUAUGCACCAUUCGCUCACGUCUCUCACACCUCAAGAUUCUGA